ACAACCCAACGCUUAAAUAACCGUCGCGUCGAGUUUCCCAUUCCAGCAAGCCACAACCAACAUCACGAACUAUCCCACUUUUAAUGCCUCUGCAUGACUCUGCGCCUUCAUGAUCGCGAAUAGAUAUAUACCCCACCAUCAUGACGCCUCAUCCAUGAAUCCGAUCACCUAAAUCAAACUCUCAGAAUAAAUCCUCAAAAUGUCCGCCUCGCCUGAAUUCACUGUCCUCGGCGCUGGCGUGAUCGGCCUUUCAACCGCUCUCACCCUCUCCACCACCUUUCCCACCGCCCCCAUCACCAUAACCGCCACUCACUUCCCCGGUGACCGCGCCGCUAUCUAUGCCUCGCCUUGGGCUGGGGCUAAUUGGCUCAGCGUAGCUACAGACGGUGGGGCGUUUGAGUCGUAUGACCGGAUCACGUUCGAGAAGUUUGAUGAGCUGGAGAGGAGGAGGCCCGAGUGCGGGAUCAAGCGGAUGGGGAUCAAAGCGGUUUUUGAUAAUGUGAUUGAGGAGGCAGGGGUGCUGAGUGUUAAAGAGGGAGGAGGGUUGGGGGAGAAGCUGUGGUAUGAGGAGCUAGUGGGAGGCCUGAGGAUGUUGGGCAAGGAAGAGGUACCAGAGGGGGCGAAGUGGGGAAUGGAAAUUGAGGGGACUUUUGUGGUCAAUACGCAGGUUUAUUUGCCGUGGCUGCAGAACGAAGCGCUGAAGAAGGGCAUCAAGUUCGUCAGAAGAUCUUACCCGCAUAUCGACGACGUGUCGAGGGAUUUCCCGCAAGCGGCCGCAGUGUUCAAUUGCACAGGCUUAGGAUCGUACUCUCUGGGCGGCGUCGAGGAUCAUGAUCUAUAUCCCACACGUGGACAGGUGGUUCUGGUUGCGGAACCUAAGACGCCUAUUUCGAAGAUGUAUUUCAGGUCGCCGAAACGCGUUGAUCCAAGCACGACAUACGUCUUCCCGCGUCCGCUGGGAGGCGGCGUGAUUCUGGGCGGAUGUCGGCAGGAGGGUAAUUGGGACGGGGACGUGGAUUUGGAGUUUGCGGAGGAUAUCAUGAGGAGGUGUUGCGCGCUUUGUCCAGAGUUGGGGAAGCCGGAGGAGUUGCAGGUGAUCAGCCAUGGUGUUGGGUUAAGGCCCAGUAGAAAGGGUAAUGCGAGAAUUGAAGGCGAGCAACGCGGAUCAGUCCUAGUUGUACACAACUAUGGUGCGUCUGGAGCUGGUUAUCAAGCAUCUUGGGGCAUGGCUGCACGUGGCGUUGACAUUGCGAAGCAAGCUUUGACACUGACAUCAAAACUAUGAUGAAUCUCCUUGCGCUCAAAGGCAGAUCUAGGAAAAUGCUGUCACAAGUGCGAUAGCAGCACAAACUGAUGAACAUUGAUCAGGAUGCGCCGGUGCGAUUUUUCUGAACACGAACAAUCAUAUAUCAGGAGCCCUUAGACAUACGAAACGAUGAAAUCUUUACCUGCUCUUCUGUCGCAGAACGAACUUGAAAGGCUCGAUUAGCCUACCAGAUUCGAAGCUACAUAUUUCGAAAGUGAUGAAGGAAUUGAAUAUAGCACUACCGAUUCGGGAUAACUUCACGAACGUUCUCAAUUGGAAAAUCAUACAAAGGGCUUUUCCGAGCGCAAGGCGCUCUUAUCAGAAACUGAUUAGCAAUAUUGCGUAGAUCACUUUACCCCACUCCUAAGGAACU